AAUUCUGCCACUUUUGUUUGACUAUUUGACCAUUUGACCAGAAUUUGUCCAGAGUUGAUUACUUUGACCAGGUUUGACGAGUUGAUUAUGCAAUGGCAGACUGACACAUGACAUUCCCUUCUCUCUCAAAAUUAGGGUUUUCACUUCCAUCCUGGUUGUUGUCGCAAGUGCAAUGAGGUUGCUGUAGUGUUAUGGCUAAAUCCACGCUGCUCCAUGGGCGUUGCUGCGAAGGCUUCGUGGUGCUUUCCCGUGGCCGUACAUGGUGGCUCGAAGGUUGCAGGUGCGUUCGCGAUGGCUUGCAGAUUCGUGGUGGCUUCACUCCAGCAACGUUUAUGGUGGCCAAUGGUGCGCACGAAUAUGGUUUGCAUUGGUUCUGUUGUGGCUAUGGCAGCGCAAUCUCGAGGACGUCGCGUGGAAGAACACACUACAAGUGCAUGGUGAGUGCUGCAACAGUUUGUGGUGAAGGCGACGGUGAUUUCGAUCUCCUUUCCGGCGAGGUGAUUCGUGGAUGGACACCGCUGGUUGAACGGAGAAGAAGAUGGUUCAAGUCACGGUUCAGGCGUGGCUCACGAUGGCUGGCCUGAGUGCGUGGUCGUGUCUAGGGUUUGUGAUUUUGGGAUAAGGUAGAAGAUGAUGAGGUGGCAACAUUUGAUUGGCUAAAUUUUGAGUGCUUGGAUGUAAACACAUGGCAAGUUCUGAUUUAUCAUUUUAAUUAGUGGAGGAUUGACAUGUGUUGAAUUGAGUUUAAGUGAUAAUAGGGGUGAAAGUUAGUAAUUUAAGAAGGUGCAACAGUAAAAUCUUAUUGUGUGGCCCAUUGUUGAAAAAUGGAUUGUUUAUGUAAUUUAAGGUUACAUUUAGUUCUUUA